AUGUCCGAUCAGGAUGCCUGGGCUAUUCAAAAGACAAUCAUGCAGACCGAGUUUCCCUUUAUUGUGCUUAAGUCACUGCAGUUUGCCCUCUUCCGCACAUAUGGCGUUCCGACAAUAUCCACACUGCUCCUGAAGACAUCACAGUUAUCAGACUCUACAAUAUCAUUCAAGAGAUAUGCCGACACAGGCACACUGAUCGGCGAAUUCAUGGCUUUCGACCCACGCUCCGAGCGAGCGCGGACAGCAAUAGCCCGAACCAAAUUUCUGCACAAGGGCUACAGAGCUAGCGGCAAGAUCAUGGAAGCUGACAUGUUAUACACACUAAGCUUAUUCGCUCUUGAGCCAAUCCGGUUUGUGAAACAAUUCGAGUGGCGCGAGAUGACUGAAAUGGAACGAUGUGCUGUCGGGACAUUCUGGAAGAGUCUCGGUGAUGCGUUGGAAAUCAAUUAUGAUGCUUUGCCCUCUGGAAAGACUGGCUUCCAAGAUGGGAUUCACUGGCUGGGGGAGAUUGGUGCAUGGAGCCAGCAAUACGAAAUCCAGCACAUGAAGCCUCACCCUCGCAACAAGGAGCUUGCGGAAAAGACGAUUGACGUGCUGGUAUAUAAUUUGCCAAAUUUCUUGAAGCCGUUGGCUAGAUACUUCGUGUCAUAUCUGAUGGGAGAUCGAUUGCGAACCGCGAUGAUGAUGGAAGAACCACCUGCAUUUUUCAGCGACUUCUUGCGCUUGAACGUGUUCACCGACAAACCGGAUAAGCACGGCCGCAACUGGGUGUUGAUAUACGACGGAGCUCCAUUCUAUGUGCAGCCCACAAUCUGGAACCGCUGGGGGCCGAUGGCAUGGUUUAAAUGGGCACUCGGACAUCCUUUGCCUGGUGAUGACGGAGACAAAUAUUACCCACAGGGCUAUCGCACCGAUGAUCUGGGACCGAAGUAUUUUGAGGGCAAGGGGUACAAGGAAUUGGAGGGUUUCAAGGAGACUCUUCGUCGGCAGCGGAUGGGACAGUGUCCAUUUCCAUGA